UGUAAAAUAAGGAGAGGCAGGCGGAAGGCGGGCUUCCUGGAGAUGUAAAAGGCUGUGUGUGUGUGUGGGCAUCCAGAGGAACCAGGGAUAUUCCUGAACACCACCACCACCAUCACCACCAUCACCACAGCUGCUGAGCUCUGCUCUGCUCUGCUCCACACAUGGGCUCUCGUGCUGGACUCCUCCUCAGCUUGUUUUGUUUAUGACCAACCCACUGACUGACCCCCACUGCUGCUGCUGCUGCUGCACUGCCAGACUGGACCAGACCGGACUACACUGCCUCCCAUCAUCAUCAUCAUCAUGGACAUCAUGGAUAAUUUAGAAGACGGGCGUCUGACCAGCUUCCCCACACCACAAUGCCAAACAUCUUCUGUGGAGGAAACGGCUUCUAGAUUCUAGUAGAGUAUUUUCAGCAUUCAUUCACAACGGUCUCACAUUCCAUUCUUGCUUGAGGAUUUCUGUCACUGCUGGGUUUCUAUACUGUGAUGAAAAAAUCCUAUGACUAAAUCUUCGCACAAUUCUUUAUACGCUUGAGGAUUUCUGUUAUUAUUGCUGUCAUUUCUGCCGGACGGACUCCCGCGGAGGGCAUGCGUCCGAGGCAGCUGUAUUGAUGUUGUCAGUGGGUGCGAUGCGCCUGGAAGACCCAGCGAGCCUGGAGGGAGGGACGGCCAGACACUCAGGGAGGAAAUUGCAUUUUCUUCUCUCCCACAGGACUUACCAUUAGAGCCUCUUCCUCCCCACCCCACCCCACCCCACACUGCUCUCCUCUCUUCCUCUCCUCCUCUGUUCUCCUCCUCUUCCUGCUCAGAACUCAUCCCAUCCCUUACCUCCCCUACUCCUCCUCCUCCUCCUCCUCCUUUUCCACCUCCAUAUCCUCUAGUCCAGGUCUAGUCUGCCUGGCUAGCUGCCUGUCAGCUGCCUGCCUUGCCUUGCUUUGCUCACCGUUGCACAAUGUGUUGCAACACUUGGAGAUGGAGUGACACGCUAUAAUCAGAGCGGCACAGCUGGCUUGGCUUGCUCGGCACACACUACCCCUAUACAGCCCUCAGAUCAUCAAAGACGCUGCUGCCUCUAAUGCGCUAAUUUAUUCACGCUGCUCACACACACAGCCUGUUUUUUUUUGUAUUACUGUUGCUAUGGAAUCCUGUUCCAGGGGAGGUAAUCGUUUUCAGAAUUCCUUGUGAAUUCCGUCUCUCUUUUUUUCCUGCGUGUGUGCUUUCUGUACCAUCAUUCUUUGUCUAACCGUGUCAGAAGAGUCAGAACUGCGGUGAGUCUGAACGAGAGGAAGAGAGAGCAAGAGAGAAAGAAAGAAAGAGAGAGAGAGAAGAUCUCUUCUCAUUUGUGACUGUCACUCUUGGUGCGGAUCAAGGAUUUUGAGGAGGGAAUUAUACCGUGUAGGAGAUAACCGUGACAACAUUGAUCUCGCACCCAUCCAUCUGAAGGUGACAUUUUAAUGGACAGAUUAAAGGAAGUACCUGGCACUGUCAGCUGAGAGCUUGGCUGAGAGGGGCUGAGGGGCUGAGAGAGAGAGGGGAGGAGUAGCGUGUGCAGUGAAUGUGUUCCUUGGAAUUAGGCUGCCUUUGAAAGUUUCUCCUGGAAAGCAUUCCUGUCUUUUCCUGUCAUAUCAGACGAGUGCUUGAACUGAAGGAAUGGAAUCCACUGUGCUCCUAUUCAUCCGGAUCCCUGUCUACAUACAUGUACAUGUGUAGGACUCUUAUCUUAUGUGGUGUUCCCUGUCUACAUAUAUGUCUGCCCAUCUGAAUUCAUCCGUGUGUGGGCUGUAAACCUGUGUGACUGUGCACUCAUGAGUCGAAGCGACGCCCUGCAGCAGCAGCAGAAGACCACCUACCUCAUCUCCGUCACCCUGGUGAAGGUAGAGGCGGUCGAGGAGAAUGGGGCCGCAGCAGCCACCACCACCAAGCAAACCCGAACCAACGGCCAUCACCACCAUCACGCGGUGGCCAGCAGUGAGAUCGGACAGAAGAGACCCGGCGGCCCGGCCGUGGACGUGGACGUGGACGACGACGGGGAACAGCGUCCCCAGAGCCACCUCCACAGUGCGGCUCCCCAGGAAGCUGGGGAGCAAGGGGCUGGGAAAUGCAUCAAACUGGAGGAAGGCGAGCGGGUCUCCUCCGCUGCCUCUCAGGGUCCCCAGGGUCCCACCACCACCAUUACUAAAAGAGAAUCAGGGACAGGAAGUUGCCCGGAAGGAACAGGAAGACCCCUGUCUCAAUCUCCAUCACCAUCGCCGUCGCCAGUCAUCAGUGACGAUUAUCAAUGCCACUUAGCCACGAGUGACGUGGGAGGAGGAGGAGAAGGGGGGGCGGUGUUGUCGGCUGCUGCUGCUACUGGAAGCUACACAGAGAGCGACACCUCAGAGAGCCUCAGCCAGCACUGGGCCUCGCCCCUGGAGACCUCCCAAAGCAGCGCAGUGAGUAGUACCGUCAGCAGCGCCGGCGCCGGCCCCGGCCCAGAGCUGAGGGACAACACCGCCCGGAAGAGCCGCUCCUCCAAGAGCCUGCACUGCGAGGAGAAGGCACUCCGAGUCAGCUUCCCUAGCAUCAGUGCAUCUGAGGACACCACCACCAUCACCAUUGGUGGUGGCAGUAGCAGUAGUAGUAGUGGUGGUGGUGGUGGCGGCACCUCCAGCUCCAGCUCGCGGGCCUCCUACCCUGCGGCCUCCUGGGACAAGCCAGCAGGCAGAGCUCUACGUGCGGGAGCUGUAGAUGAGGGAGCAAGGGGGAGCAGGAGGCACGAAUCUGGCUCCAGCUCCGGCGGUGGUGGAAGUAAUGCGAUGGUGUACACUAGCGAUGGUCAGGGAGGAGGAGGAAGCCUGGCAAACCUCAGCAACCUCCAGGCCCGGCCGCACAAGCUGAAGAUGGGCUCGGCGUCCUUCCCGGCGGCGACCACAGCCACCGCCGCGGCCAACGGCAGCAACAGCACUCAGGCCUCCAAGAGCCUGCGGAAGGGCAAGAAGAGCCACACCCUGGACAACAGUGACCUGCGCUGCCUGUCGGAGGAGCUGCUGCAAGGGCAGGGGCAGGGGCAGGGGCAGGGGACCUGCAGCGCCCAGGGUGCCGUGCAGCCCCAGUCGGGGCGUGCCUCGGCCAAGGACCGCAAGAUGCUCAAGUUUAUCAGUGGCAUAUUCAGCAAGAGCAGCCCCACAUCCUCAUCCUCAUCAUCCUCAGCCUCUACUGCUGCUGCUGCUGCUGCUGGUACUGCUGUUCCCCAUAAGCACAGCUAUAUGCAGAGGGACUCCAGUGAGGAGGAAGCGGCCUGUGCUAACAGUCAAGAAUGGACCCUGGAUCGCACCAUUCCGGAACUGCGUCUGGGUGUGCUGGGAAGCCUAAAGAGUGGCAAGUCAGCCCUGGUGAACAGAUACAUCUCUGGCAGCUAUGUCUCUACGGAAAGCCCAGAUGGGGGCAGGUAUAAGAAGGAGGUUUCAGUGGAUGGGAAGAGUCACCUGUUACUUAUUAGAGAAGAGCCGGGACUACCUGAUGCACAGUUCAGCAACUGGGUGGAGGCUGUCAUAUUUGUCUUCAGCUUGGAAAACGAAGCCAGCUUCCAGGAAAUCUACAAAUGCGUCAGCGAGCUCUCCUCCCACAGAAGCAAUAUUGACAUCCCAUUCAUCCUGGUGGGCACACAAGACAAGAUCAGUAAUGCCCACCCGCGCGUGAUAGAGGACAAUCGUGCACGGCAGCUGUCAGUGGACGUGAAGCGAUCUGUGUACUACGAAACCUGUGCUACUUAUGGCCUCAACGUGGAAAGAGUCUUCACAGAAGCGGCUCAGAAGAUAGUGGCUGCAAAGAAGCAGGCAGCCCUGCUGGCGGCCAGCAAGUCCCUUCCCAACUCCCCCUGCCACUCCACAGACUCCACGCCUCUAGGAGGACCAGGCUACGGACAGGCCAGUAAUGGCAGCCAGAGUAGCGAGGUGUCCUCCUCCCUGCCCUCCACCCCCAUAGUGGGCCACAGGGAGCUGAGGGGGGAGCCGGGCUCCCAGAGGAACAUCCCUCGCCGACGCACCUCCCUCUUCGGGAACCGCAGAGGGAGUGACUCAGAGAAGAAAACACCAGACACCAGGGCUGAAGUCGCUUGCUCACGCUCAAUAAUCAUCAAACAGAACACUCUAUGGAAGCGCAGCGGGAGUUCACUGAAAGAGAACUGGAAGAAAAAGUUUGUAACAUUGUCUAACAAUGGAAUUCUGUCCUACCAUUCCAGUCAAAAUGACUGCAAGCAGAAUGUGCACGGUAAAGAGAUCAGCUUGUUGCGUGUGACGGUGAAGGUCCCCGGCAAGCGUCCUCCCCGAGCUGUCACCCCCGGAGGCUCCAUAACAGGCCUGAACGGGGUGAUAAAGGAUGGACCAACCUCUGAAAGCACCACACCAACUGCAUCUUCAAACCCUGCUAACCUGCUGCCUGUGGAUGAAGGAGUAGGAGUGGUUGGCUCGCCCUCCAAAGAGAGUGCUCUUCGACGGUGCCCCUCUACGCUGUCCAAUAAGAACUUCCCUACAGAUGCUGAUGGCAUGAGUCUUGCCUCAGGAAAAGACCAGGUUCCCGCCUCUCCAAUGACCAGCAGGAAGAAGCCGACCAGGAAGAAAAGCAUGAACCCCAAAGGCGACGCGGCCAUGGGACAGGCGGAGGAUGAGGACAAUGCAGACUUCAUUAUAGUUGCGAGCACAGGCCAGACCUGGCACUUUGAGGCCUCAUGUCAAGAGGAAAGAGACUCCUGGGUCCAGGCCAUCGAGAGCCAGAUCUUGGCCUGCCUGCAGGGCUGUGAGAGCAGCAGACAUAAGGCUCGACGCAACAGCCAGAGCGAAGUGGCACUGCAAGCGAUUCGUAAUGCCAAAGGAAACAACCUCUGUGUGGACUGCGGAGCACCAAAUCCGACGUGGGCAAGCCUUAACCUGGGAGCGCUGAUCUGCAUCGAGUGCUCCGGGAUCCACAGGAACCUGGGAACGCACUUGUCCCGCGUGCGCUCUCUUGACCUCGACGACCUCUCCCCCGAGCUCAGCCAGGUGCUCACGGCCAUCGGCAACUACAUGGCCAACGCCGUCUGGGAGAGCUGCACUGAGGGAAGACAGAAGCCCACGCCCGAGGCAUCCAGGCAAGAGAGAGAGGCCUGGAUCAGAGCCAAGUAUGAGCAGCGGGUCUUUGUGGCAACGUUACCCAGCCAGGCCACGGAGGCCAGCGGGAGCAUGUCAGACUGGCUGCUGAGCGCGGUAUUGGAGCGGGACCUGCCGCGGCUACUGCUGCUCCUAGCACACAGCAACAGGGAGCUCACCAACGCCCCCCUCGUGAUGAAGGCCCCAUCGCCUGUAACCUCGCCACCCGUAUCGUCCACCACGUCACCAAUACCGCCGCCGAUGACGCUGCCGACGCUGCAGUCCCACACCGCCUUGCACGCCGCAUGCCAGCUUGGGGACGUGGUCAUGACCCAGCUGCUCAUCUGGAAUGGUGUGGACGUGAAGGUGCAGGGCCAGGCGGCGUUGGCGCUGGCUCGCAGCGCGGGCAGCAAGGAGUGUGCCGAGGUCCUGGUCCAACAUGGCGUCCCCAACGACCAGUCGCCCUCCGUGGCCUCGGUGCCCACGCCCAGCCUCUCCAGGAAGAGCAGCACCACCAGCCUGGGACGCGUCAGCUCCAGCCGCCGCAGAGACAACUCCAUUGGCGGGCACAAAGACAACUUCUGAUGUCACCGUGUGGCGUGACAACUCCAUUGAUUCUUUGACUCCAUUCGAACCAACUUCUGAUACAUCGCACACAUACAGUAGGCCUACAUAAUAGGCCACAGCAACAAACUCCAUUGGCGGCCACAGAGACGACUUCUGAUACAUCAUUGUGGGCCCAGAGAAUACUUCUGAUACGCAUUACACACACAUACAUAAUAGGCCACAGCGGAGGAGACUUCUGAUAUAUUGUACACAUACAUAAUAGGCCACAGCGGAGGAGACUUCUGAUAUAUUGUACACAUACAUAAUAGGCCACAGCGGAGGAGACUUCUGAUAUAUUGUACACAUACAUAAUAGGCCACAGCGGAGGAGACUUCUGAUAUAUUGUACACAUACAUAGUAGGUCACAGCAACGACCUCAUUGGCCGUCUUAGAGACAACUUCUGAUGUCUUACACAUCCAUUCUACUGUACAUUUAUAGGUUCAGAGACCACUUCUGAUGUCCUUAUUACAAAAUAAAAACACAGUGUUAAUUCAGCACUUUAGAGAGUAGAUUUAACAUCUUCUAGGGUGCAUUUGGUACCAGAAUUAUCUCUAAUGGUUGAUUUAACAUUCAUUUUUAUUUUUUACUGUGUACAUGGUAUAUGCAUUGUACAUGUACAGAUGUUGAUGUAGCCUAACAUACAUGGAACAUGAGCAGACCUGGGUGAAAUGUUAAUGGAACAUAAUACACACAUGGGUGUAGCAUACAGUAAGCCUACAUGAAUCUAUAGAACAUGGAUGCAAACAAAAAACAACGAACAUUAUACAGUCAGACAUGUAGCAUACUGUACAUGAAUCAACUGAGCAUACUGUAUACAGAAUUCUGUGUUAAAAUGGGAUACACACAGAGGAGUAGAUUUCUUUGUAAAGAAAAUUAUUUUAGUGUGUGUUUGCGUGCCUGUAAGAGUGUGUGUGCGUGUUAUGUGUGUAAGGGAAAGACAAAUAAGAUGUUCUCUGUAGUAAUGGAAAUCGAUAUAAAUCCACCAAAAUGAA